UACCUCUGGUAUUUUGGACAGCAUGCACUCAAUUCAAAAAAGGAUGUGUUCGAGGAAGAGGUGGCCUACAGUUUUCUCUUUCCCAAUGCACCCAUAACCUAUGAAACCGUGGACAAUUGUCGUCGCUACACGCCGUUGAUUGUGGGCGGUCAACCGGCUGAUCCCAAAGAGUUUCCUCACAUGGCCCGUAUUGGUCACUUUGAUGGACAGCAGCAGCACAUCGAAUGGUUUUGUGGCGGCACAUUGAUUAGCCACCAAUUCGUGCUUACUGCCGCCCAUUGCUUUGAGUCCGAGCAAGGCGAGGUGAAUGUGGUACGUUUGGGUGACUUGGAAUUCGAUUCAGAGCAAGAUGAUGCAUUGCCCAAAAAUUACGGUGUCCAAUAUUAUUAUCUGCAUCCCAACUUUAAUAGCCCAGAACUCUACAAUGACAUCGGCUUAAUUAAAUUAGCUGAAACUGUGAUAUUCGAUCGUUACAAGCAUCCGGCUUGUUUGCCCUUUGAAAGUGGUGAAAAUAUAAAUGAGUUUAUAGCCGUUGGCUGGGGCAGCACCAACUUGGCAGGCAGAUCAUCGGCGAAAUUGUUAAAGGUCAAAUUGGAUCGCGUUGCAGAUGAUGUGUGUCGCCGCGUUCUUGAGCCAAGCGAAGAGUAUCCUACAGGUUUUACGCCCAUUAGCCAAAUGUGCGUGGGCUCCUCAAAGCCAAUGGACACUUGCAAUGGCGACUCCGGUGGACCACUACUUGUCUAUCAUAAGGAAUAUCCGUGCAUGUAUCAUGUGAUGGGCAUUACGUCUGCCGGAAUUUCUUGUGGUACUCCGCACAUUCCCAGCGUUUAUACUCGCGUACAUUACUAUUUAGAUUGGAUCAGGGAAACUAUGUCAAACAAUCACUAAUAUAACCGUUCAAAGCAAGAAAAGUGCUCGUUAUUAUUUGAGAUUGCAAUUUGACGAUCUGGCAAGGCUGUCAGCAAAAUUGGUAUUUUUAAAUAGCUGCAAUAUACUUGACGGCAAGAAUACUAAUAUUAUAGUUUCUUACACAAACAUUAUGCA